GGCCAUCUUGCUGCUGCCCCGCUCCCAGGCUCCCAGCCCAACGCCAGCUACACGUCCCUGUUCUCUCCGAGGCGCGUAACUGCAGAGGGGCGAGACUAAAUUCACCCCCGUUGUUGUCAGCAAGCCUGGGGCGAGUCCUCAGGAGUGGCUGGGCUCUGCUGGGCCCGGAUGAAGAUGAGGAUGGGGGUGGGGUUGGCUUAGGUGGUUUGAGGAUUGUUAAUGGCACUGCACAGGAUGUGCUUGCCAUGCAUCCCAUGAAGUGGGUAUUCACCCACGAAAGCUUAUGCUCUAAUACAUUUGUUGGUGCCACAGGACUCUGCCGCUUUUACAGAUCCAGACUAACACAGCUACCCCUCUGAUACUUCCCGAAGGAAUUUCAGAAAGUAGGGAUGGCAUCAGAAGACUUAUUUCUACCGUCCCAGUCCCAGACGCCUAGACUUCAGGGCGUUAGUUUUGACUAUGACACUGAUAAUCAAAAGAAGACUCCUUUUACAAUUGUGGACUGCAAGCCAUUUCUUUACAGAGACAUUGAGUGUAGGGCCAAAAAAGAGGAUAAAAUCGCUCAACAGAAUUUGAAGGUCCAUGAAAAGAGCACAUUUUCAUCACGAGCAAAGUCUCGAGACUCUGUGAAAAAGAUGGACUCAGUCAUUGAAAGAGAGACCCGGGCUACAAUAGAUAAAGGGUAUAUUACUUCUGGUCCCAACUGGGCUCUUACUUUUGCAAAAUGUUGCCAAAGUGACAAACAGUCUUUAACAGAUUAUAUCAAGGAACAGAAGGAGUUGUUUCUGCUGCAGUACACAGUAAAAGUGAAAAAACAAACUAUAAAGAAGCUGGAAAAAUUAUCAAUGCAAGCCGAGAAAGAGGCCAGCUCUGCUGAAGCAAAGCUAGAAGACGAUACAAUUGCAUUUGAGGAAUUUCUGAAAGAAAACGACCGAAGUUCUGCAGAUGCCCUUAAAAUGUUAGAAUCGCUAUUACAGUUAAUGUUUGUUUUAAUUUUUGAUCUACCGAAAACUGUACACCUACAUCUUUGUAAUAUUUCCAUGUUACUUUUUAGUGCAGCCCAAGAAACAAAAUCUAAAAUGGAAAUGGCAGCAAAUGUAAAGGCUGCUAUUAAUGAACUCUUCGCUAUUAAAAGUGAAAUUGCAAAUGCCGAAUUCCUUCUCAUGGAGAGUUUAUAUUAUGAAGAUUUUUUGAUGAAACUUUCUCCUAAAGAAUGGCAAGAAGAACAGAGAACAAAAAAAUUGAAAGCAAGAAUAGAUAAACAGAGAGAAAGAGAGAUCAUGCAGAGAGAAAUGAUUACAUGUGCUUUCACUCCACACCAAGAAAAAGAAAGUGCACGCAAAGAGAAGAUAAGUUCUUCAAUUCCACGCCAACCACGCCAUGGUUCUAUUUUUUUAAAGCAAAAUAGACUCUAUGCAGCAAGUACAGACAGGCGCUUCAGCUCCUUUGAGAAAAGUGCUGGACACAAUAGGAAAGCAUCAGCUCUAAGUGCGAGUUGUCAACAGAGAACGGCGGUGCAUGAUAACAAAGAAAAUGAACACAGGUCUUCUAGAAAGCUCACAGAAGCAGACAUGGGUGAAGAAGUGAAAAUGAUAAUUUGCUUUCUCCGUCCUCCUGUGUACAAUAAGAAGAAAAUAUAUCAAGUAAGAGAGCAAAUGAAAAUAAGAAAUGCAAUUAUAACAGAUACCUACAUACCACAGUGGGAAAGCGAAAGUGAUUGUGCAAUUCAUGAAGAUUCCUUGAAAGACUUGGACAUGGAUAUGGUGCCAGAAAUAUAUUUCACAGAUCCAAAACAGUUACUUCAGAUCUUCACAGAGCUAGAGGAACAAAAUCUUGCAUUGAUCCAAAAUAACCAAGACUUAGAUGAAACUAUGGAUGAACUUGAGCAGAUGGCAACAAUUAUAAAGGCAAAACUAGAAGAAAAAGUAAGUAUUGUUGUAGGACAUAAAGAAAUUCUUAAAGCUGCCUGCAUCAAUGAAGAGGAAAAACGCACAGAUUUGGCACUAAGAGCUAAAAUGUUUUCUUUUGGAGAGUUUAAUCCAGAAAUCCAGGACAAAAUGCUACAUUCACUUACUAAAAAGGUUGCAGAAGUGUACAGAGUUAGUGUUGGAGAAGUAGACACAUCAAGCAUUAAUUCCAUUCAGAUGUUGAGGAGAAUAGAGAAUCGAAUUGAAGAAUUGUGUGAAUUGUUGGAGUCAGUUCCAAAAGAAAAUAUUGAAGCAAUUGAGAAAAUUAAGAUGAAAGAAAGAAGGCAAAGGUUACGUGAAGAAAAAAAGAAACAAGAAAUGAAACUUCAGGAAGAACGACUGCAGUGUUCUCUGAAAAGAGCAAUUGCAGCACCAAAGAAGAAGAUGGGAAGAAAACUGGUAUUUCGCUCACAGCCUCCAGAGAUUAGAAAGGAGGUGUGCCUGAAAGAGAUCAACACAAAAAUGCAAGACGAUAUGUUAUUUUUCACUUGAGUUUAAAAGUAGUUGUACCUCCUUAAAGGGGGUGUUGCAGGUAUAUCUUCCUACUUAGUUCAUCUAGAGUAAAAGAUUAAUAUUCUGUAGUGUAGUUUAACAGAACUUACAAACAAAGAGGAGUUAUCACUAACAUGCAGGGAUCCAUAGUGUAAGUAAUGAACCUACUUUGUACAUCAGAUGUGGAAAAAACCCAGAAUGUCUUCACUGCUUGUUCAGUAACACCUAUUACCACUAUCAGCAGAGAAAAAUGCCAUAACUACUUCAGUACACUCCAGUGUAGUCAACUUAGAAAGACAGCUGUUUGCAACAGUAAAAAAAAAAAAAAUCCUCAUUGACUUUUGAGCUGCUCUAUAAUACAACUGCAGUGCAGUGAAAGAGAUAGGACACCCUUUGCUACAUAAAGUGAUUUGCCACAAUCCUGUUGAUAUGCACAACUUUAAAGAUAAAAUUUACCAUGGGAAGCCACUUAGAUGCAAGAGUUCACCUUUAAGAAUAAAGUAGUACACAUAUUAGUAUUUUAAAAUGUCAUUUCAUCCCAUCAACUCUGUAAUCUUAUUUCAGUUUCAGACUGAAAGAUUUCCUCUCUAGCAUUAAUCUUGCAACAACCUUUAAAAAGUCUGACUUUAAAUUAGAUGGGUUUAUAUAGUUCAAAGUUUCCCUCCAUACGAGAAUACACUAAACAAAACAAGUUAUGAAUUUUAUAGAAAUUUGUACAGUAAAACUUCAGACUCCUUAACAAAAGUUGUGAAAAACUGAUCUUUAUUUUCCAAAAAUAUACAAACUUAUUCUCUCAUUUCCCCAUCUUCUUCUUCUUCCUCUACUCCUCUGAUGUACAGGACAUUGUUACACCUGUAAAUAGAACCAGAAGUUCUCUUAAUUUUAAACAUGUUUUUGUUGAUUUUCCCCAGAUGAACACUAGCUUUUAACUAAGUUACAUGUUUUCCAAAUUGAACUUGGACCAGCUAUUUAAAAAACCUCCAAACAUCAAGUUUAUCAGGCUAACCAAUUAAUAUAUGUUGAUGGUGAUCCCACAGUCCAAGGGACUUUCAGAUAGUUCAUUUUGUAACGGUCCAUUAUAACAGAGAAAAUAAGUUACUAAAAGAAUGACAGAUUCAUUGUACACUAGACUAAUUUAUUUUUAGGCCCAUAUCCUAUAAACUUAUGCCUAUGCUUAACUUCAAGCACAUGACUGUUUGCAGGAGCCAGGCCUUAAUAUAUAUGGCAUUUUUCUCUGCUGAUAGUGGUAAUAGGUGUUACUGAACAAGCAGUGAAGACAUUCUGGAUUUUUUUCACAUCUGAUGUAAUAUAUAUUAAGGCCUGGCUCCUGCAAACAGUCAUGUGCUUGAAGUUAAGCAUGUAAUAGUUUAUUAAUACUCUGUUGAAACUCUCCCCUCCCCCCACACUUAUUGAGGUCUCUGCUACCUGUUGAUACCUCUCCCUAUUUAGAGACCCUUCAUUUCUGUGAUACUGUUCAGUGCCUAUUUAACUUCCUGAUUAGGCAUGAGAUUUUCCUCAGCUAUUGACAAGAGAUUCAUAUAAAUAUCCAAUAAGAACCAAGAGAACCAAUGAAAGACAUCAUUACAAAAGGAGAAAUUAUGAAACAUUUGUAUAUUUUAGUGUUACUUUCCCCCUCCCCCCCGAUAAUAUAGUUUUUAGUGUUAUCCUUUAACAAAGUGUUGUCUGGCACCGUUUAGCACAGAAAUGGAUACUACAAUUAAUGUCUUUAACAUUGCAAGCUUUCAGAUUGUUUUAGGCUAAGUAUUAGGAGUUGAACUGUUAUGUCCAUCUACAAAUGUAAUAUGUCUACUAUGUAACUUAUGAAAUACUCUAAUUUGCUAGUUACCUUAUCAAAACUUCACCAAGGUGUCCUGACAAUGCACCAUCGAUGUAUUCUUCUGUGUUUGCAAGCUUUUAGAAAAAGAAGAAUAUAUUAGCAUAACUGUUCGAAGAAAAUUCUCAGCCAGCAAUCAGUAAACUAUUGUAGAGUGACUUUAGCCUUACAAGGGUUAAUGGGCCCUUCUGGAGACUGAGUCUGUUCAAUAGUAACUCAUACCUCAUUAGAGCACUUUAUUUUAUUAUGCAUGUAGCUUAUUAUGUUUCACUUUUCAUUUAAGAAUUUGACCACAAGUGUGUAAUAUAUAGCCAAGUAUUGUCUAUUGCUUUAGAACUAUUGCUUUUAAACUUCCUGUAAGUGUACUUUUGAGGAAAUUAAAAACAAACAUACAUUUGCCA